AUGUUUUCUUUCCAACCUCAUAAUCAGGUGUUAUAUCAUCUGGGACAAUUAACUUCAGUAAUUAAUCCAAAAUCUACGUUAUGUUCAGUUAAAAUUAAAAAACAAAAUGAGCUUAAAAAAUCUGUGGAUAGUACUUCUCAUAGUAACUUAUCCAAAGUUACUAAAACUUAUGCUGAUAUGUUAAUAGACAAAUUGUGUAUGUUUAAUAUAAUUACAAUGCUUAAUACAAAAACAAAUAAUGUCUUGUUAACAUUAGAUAAAAUUUCCAUGAAAAUUUUUGAGAAAAAUGUACAAAAGAAUAAUAAAUGGAAGGUAUCAUAUGCAUCAGGGUUAAAUUUUAUGGAAAACAAACAAAAAUAUCUUUAUAAGCAGUGUGCUGAAGAAGUUAUUUUACCUUCUCUAUAUUUGUCAUCUAAAAACCAUUAUAGAACAUUAUGUACCUUUUGUAUUAAAAAUCCAUUUAAUUGUCAUAUACAAACUCGUGGUUUUAGAACAAAAUAUAAUGUAAAACCUGGAUCAAAAAAAGAAUCAUCAUUUACAAAUAAAUUUAAGAAAUUUAUUGGUUAUUUUUCUGAAACAAAUGCAGGAGUAGUUCAAGUUUUGAAAGAAAAAGACUUGGCAGCAAUUAAAAAUUUAUUGAAUAAUCAAACAUUAACAGAAGAACAAAAGAAAAUAAUAGUGGCUUUUAUUGAAGGGUAUGAAACAGGAGUUAAACGAACUUCACGUGGAAGUCAAAAUGCGAAGUGGUGGAAAACGUUUUCUUCAUUUUUAACAAUAUCUUUUGCAGUAUUUUUCUGGUAUGUAGUUUAUGCAUUAGGAGGUAAUCUGCGAUUUUCAUUUGAUUCUAUGAAAAUUAGACCAGAAACAACAGACUUAACUUUUGACGACAUUAAAGGAGUUACAGAAGCAAAACAAGAAUUGAAAGAUAUAGUUGAAUUUUUGAAAAAUCCAGAGAAGUUCUUCGCUGUUGGUGCAAAAUUACCUAAAGGUGUAUUAUUAGUAGGACCACCAGGAACUGGAAAAACGCUAUUGGCUAGAGCAGUAGCUGGUGAAGCAAGUGUUCCAUUUUUUCAUGCAGCUGGACCAGAAUUUGAAGAGAUUUUAGUGGGACAAGGUGCACGUAGAAUGAGAGACUUAUUUAAAGCAGCAAAAGAAAAGGCACCUGCUGUAAUAUUUAUAGAUGAAAUUGAUUCUGUUGGUUCAAAACGAACAUUUUCAACUCUUCAUCCAUAUGCAAAUCAAACAGUAAAUCAAUUACUUACAGAAAUGGAUGGAUUCCUUAAAAAUGAAGGUGUUGUAGUACUAGGUGCAACAAAUAGACGUGAUGAUUUGGAUCAAGCUUUAUUGCGACCUGGUCGAUUUGAUAUCGAAGUAUUUGUUUCUAUACCAGAUUAUUCAAGUCGAAAGGAAAUCUUUGAUUUAUAUUUAUCAAGAAUAUCAGCAAAAAAUGUUGACACAGAAUAUUUAGCAAAAUCAACUGUUGGAUUUACUGGAGCUGAUAUAGAAAAUAUGGUAAAUCAAGCAGCUUUAAGAGCUGUUAUGAAUGAAGAUGAACAUGUAACAAUGAAACAUUUAGAAUAUGCUAAAGAUAAAGUACUCUUAGGUCCAGAAAGAAAGGAAAAAAUUAAUGACAUGGAAACUAAUACUAUUACAGCAUAUCAUGAAGCAGGACAUGCAUUAGUUGCAUAUUAUACUAAAGAUGCAAUGAGAAUACAUAAAAUUACUAUUAUAUCUCAUCGGCAGUCUUUGGGACAUACUUCACUUUUACCUAAUAAAGAUGAAUAUUAUGUGACGAAAUCUUCAUUACUAGCUCAAAUGGAUACUGCAAUGGGUGGCCGUGCUGCAGAAGAAUUUAUUUUUGGUCCUGAUAAAGUAACAACAGGAGCACAAGCUGAUUUUAAGGCUGCAACUAAUAUAGCAGAAAAGAUGGUGAAUUUAUAUGGUAUGUCCGAAAAAGUUGGUUUUGGACAGCGCAUGGGAGAUAGAACAGAUCAAUAUCAAUUAGGUCCUAACAAAAGUGAUCUUAUAGAUAAUGAAGUGAAGCGCCUCUUAGAAGAAUCAUACGAGCGAGCAAGACACGUGUUACAACAGCAUGCAAAAGAACUUAAAAAAUUAGCAGAUGCUUUGAUAAAGUACGAAACAUUAAGUUAUAAAGAUGUAGAAUCAAUCAUCAGUGGACAAAAUUAUCCCAACUGAAGUUUUUAAGAAACUUGAAAAAAUCAACUACGAAUUAUAAAACCAUCUGAACAUGUAUUAU